UACCCAUCGCGACGGCAUGCCCUCCAUAAAUAAUAGAGGGGCAACGAAAUAAAAUGCAUUGAAAAUCUGAAAAUUUGUUUACCUCGUCCUAUUAAAAUUUUCACUUUCGAUUCUCGGCUUUACCAAUGAAUAUUUUUUGACUAGAUUUUCGUAAUUCCCGAAAAGAUUUCCAGUGUACUUCAUUUAAAAAAUAAAAAAUUAUUGAUGAAAAGAUAUGAAAUAUUGUAAGAAAACAGUCACAUAAAUUUAAUAUAAAAUAAAGUGACAGUUAUUCUUAUGGACAUAUCUGAUUUUAUUUUUUAAAUGUUACUUAAGAAAAGAAUUGACAAGGGUGUUUCAGUUAUGUUUACAUUUUUUUGUUUAAUUUAGUGAUGCCAAUGUUUUGCAUGAAUGUGAAUUUUGAUUAUUAAGUUUUGUUUGUAUUUUCAAAUUCAAUUACGUUUGCUUAUUGUAAUUUGUCAUAUAAUUAUUUUUAAAAGAUGUAUAUGUAUGUGUCAUUUAUUGUGAUAAUAGUACCAUUGUGUUUACUGCUAUCUGGCUAAGAUUGAUUGAGCUUUGAUUCAAAUUUUAUUAAGUAGGUAUCAGUAUCACUUUUAAAUUGGUGUGAAUAAUCAUUUAACAACAAAAGUUAGAUCUUUAAAAAUUUGUUUUGUUAAAUUCAAAAAUUGUAAUCAUUUCACUUAAUUUUGUCUAUAAAUAUGAAUUGUGUCUGAAUGUUGUAGUUUUGAUAUGUUAAAUUGUAUAUUGUAUAUUUUAAUUUUAAUUAAAACCUGAACAAGAAUACAUUAAACAUGUGUAUACUAAAGUAUACAUUAGAAAAUAUGAUGAAUUGCUUAUAACGAAAUAGAGGUUUUGAAAAAAAAGAGCAAUGGUCAUUAUAAUAACUAGUUACAUUAAUUUGACUCCAAUGAAAGGAUGUAUUGGUUAUGAAAUUGAUUUGAUAACGCACAUAUAAAUGAACAUUUGAAGUCUUACUAAUAAGCAAUGUGUAAAUAUUGUGUAGCUAGGGUUGGUACGCACAUCUUUCUCGCUCUUGCAAAUAGCGGUUCUGAGCGCCAAAUGUAACCCAACCCUUAUGCAGUGUUUGUAUUUUUCAAUCGAACUCAAAGUCGCAUUGGAAUGACAUCAAGUGAAGUGUAAAUGAUCAAUGGUUACAAAUUUCUUAUUAGUAAGGAUCUAAAUGUUGAUUUGGUAGUUAUAGCACAGUAUAAUUAAUAAUGGUAGUUGCUAUAUAUUUUAAGUCAUACUGAACACAAUUAAUAUAGUUGUUGAUAUCUUUGAAUAUAAUGCAGUUGUAAAUAUUAUGGAAUUCAAUUAGGUGUAAUUUAGUUAGUGACGUUAAUAGUUAUUGUUUUGUGAAAUAUAAUGAAUAUAUUGAAGUUCUUUAUGUGUUUUAUGAAUUUUCCUUGUUCGUAUUAAUACCAUUUCACCAUUAUAUAUGAGCAGAAAAAACUUUUUACCCAUUUUUAAGAAAAUUGAGUGGACGGAGGAGUGGCAAAGUUGAAAUUUAAUGUGUAUCAGUAUAUCAGUGUUACCCUCUUUUAUUUUGCAAUGAAUUCUUAAUCUGUCUAGUCCCUUAUUUAUCAGUCCGUUACGAAAUAGGUUUAAAUAGCAAAAUUACGUAGCUUCGGAUGUAAACGAGAUUCUUUGCGGCACUGCUGGGCUUACGCCAGUCUGACAAAGCCACACUAUAUCUCCUAAACGGUUCUCUGCCUUUUCGGCGAAAAUCGUCUGGCAGAUCAUCAUUUGCCAAUCAACGUUUCGCCGAAUUUUAUUUCGCCGAAUAAUCAUUUGCCAACUAUAUCACUUAGUUUUGUUUUAUUUCCCAACUUAACUAUUGCCAACUGUACGUUUGGUCUGGCUUUUAUAAUGACACUUUUCACAAGGCCAACUUUCAAGUAGCGAAUGUUUCAGAUAGAGUAAUAUUCAUUUUUCUAUUAUAAUUUUCUAAAUCUAAAUAUUUAUAAUUAUUUUUCUAAUGUUGCUAAUAUUUAAGUGCCCUGUGUAGUAAAGCGAUUCGGUUCUGGCACUUCGCCGGCUGCUGCCGCAGCACGCUCGCUUCGCUCGCUCGGCUCGUGCGUUGUUGGUCGCAGUUCUAACCUAACCUAACCGAUUUCUUUCGAUUUCACCUCAACUACGUUCCGCACUUUGAAAUUUUGCUAAUGGUAUAUAAAUUUUUGUUGUUAUAUGUACUUAUUACAAGUUUUUAUUUAUUUCAGGCAAGUUCAAGACCAGGGUUUCGCCAAAAGAUAUGCAAGCGACAUUCAGUUUAAUAUAGAGGUGAAGUGUUUGUUAGCACUCAGUUUUCUUGAGGAAUCUGAAAUAUACGUAUAUUUCGAAAGUAUCUUAAAAAGUUUGAAAGAUCCAGAUUGGCAACAAUUAGCGCAUUGGUUCGAAAACAAUUAUGUACACGGAACAUCAACCACACAACCUAAAUAUCAGCCUAGAUUUUGGAGCUGCUAUGAAACAAACAAGAUGAAUAUACCACGAACACAGAACUCGGCCGAAGCCUGGCAUAACAAAAUAAACAAUAUUAUUGAUAAAAAUCACCCAGGUGUUUAUGAAUUGAUAAAACAAUUAAUAAAGGAAACCGUUGCCAACGAGGGGGAAAUAGAAAAUAUAUUAACAGGUGCCCCACCAGAACCCAAGAAAAAAAAAAACUUAG